CAUUAAUAUCAGAUUUACUUAAUUUUCCUCCCAGGCUCUUGCGAGAUUUCAAUAAGGGUCUAUGGACAAAGAUUAUGUAGGUGAGGAAAAGAUGGUGAAGGAGAUGUCAUCACAGGAAGAGGACUUGAUACACCGGCUUCAUCGUCUUGUAGGAGAUCGGUGGGAAAUAAUAGCAGGAAGGCUUCAAAAUAGAAGAGCGGAAGAAGUGGAAGAAUACUGGAGCAUAAUGGAGGAGAAGAGAAGAAAGGAAGUGGAAAUCAUCAAACCAAUCGCAUUUAGAAUCAGUUCAUCCUUCAAAUUCACCAUGAAUUCUGUUGAUCAGGAAACUGAUCAUUAAAAUUCAACUCAAUCAAGCUCAUGUUGUUGUGAUAAAUUUAGAAAAAAAUAAAAUAAAAAAAUAAAAAAGAACUCUCAUCAUGAGCUUAUAUAUGAUCAUGCAGUGUGAAGUGUGUAUUGUAGUAGAAUGUUUUUCUGUAUUUCUCUUGCUUUCAUUUGAUAAAAUAUAAGAUGAUAAGUGUUGUGGAAGAAGAAUAUUGUGGCAGAAUUUGCAUGAAGAAAAGUCUCAAUGAUUUUGUGUUCAUGUAUGUAGGCUUAGCU